AAAAGUAGGAGCACUUGGCACAAAGAAGGGAAAGCGAGAGAAAGGAUUGCUAGACAUGGCGGGGAUUAAAGCACUGGUGGGGCUGUCCUUUAGUGGUGCAGUUGGACUGACAUUUCUCCUUCUUGGCUGUGCAUUGGAACAGUAUGGGGUAUACUGGCCACUGUUUGUCCUUUUCUUCUACAUACUCGCUCCCCUCCCACACGUUAUAGCAAGGAGGUGUGGGGACUACGGUGAUUCAGCUAGCAACGUGUGUCUGGAGUUGGCGUACUUCUUCACCACCGGUAUCGUUAUAUCGGCGUUUGGCCUACCUAUAAUCCUCGCCCGCAAAUCUCUGAUUCAGUGGGGUGCCUGUGGACUGGUAAUGGCAGGCAAUGUCUCCAUCUUUCUUACCAUCCUGGGAUUCUUCUUGGUCUUUGGAAGUGGAGAUGAGUUUGGUUGGGAACAGUGGUAGAGCAUCCAUUGAGUCCACGGGAAUGGGAGAAGACAGAGGGGAAUAAAAAUCCACAUGUAUAUACCUUUUUGGGUGGAGAGGGGAAAAUGUGCAAUAGUGAAACACUAAGACCAAACAUAACCAUUCACUCAAGCAUUACUGUGCCAAUGCUGAUGAGAGGAUGCACCUGGAACAGGUGGAUGAGGUGAGUUGAAAAAACUCUGAGGUAUAGUGACAAAGUAAGGUGGGUUUUGAAAGUAGUUAACAGUCAUUGAUUUCUCCUUGCCAGGCCGUCCACCUUCACUCAUCUCUCUAUUUCAUACCAUUCUUUCAUCAGUGGCUAACAGUGGUGUUACAGUGGCUUUACCUGGGCACUACACACAUGACAUACAGUAUACACUACAAUAUACACUAUACAUUAUAAGGGAAAAAAGCUGUCACCUUGUCGUUAUCUUACAAUCACCAUUACAAAAAGUUUCCUAGUCUCUAUCUAUUUCUCUGUUUCUCAGAAAAGUGGCCUAUUGGGGUGUGUGUGUGUGUGUUUUUUUCAAAUAAUUCCAUGGGUUACAUAUUAAUGAAAUGGCCUUAGAUUAAUGUAUGGGUGUGCAUGGUACAUUUUCACAUGUGAGCCCCAUAAUGGAUAUAUUUUUAGGAUUUAUUUUUGUUCCUUCAGAUGACACAUUGUUGCUCUUUGUAAUAUAAGUAUGGUUAUUUAUCUAAUCUUAAAAUGUUACCAGUUCCCCUGGUUUGGUUAAAAAUAUGUAUAAUUCUCACCUGUUUUCCCUUUAACCUGCUAUAUCUAUCUCUAUGGGUGU